AUGGCGAUCAGGGUUCCUCGUGUGCUACAAUCAUCGAAGCAGAUCCUUCGUCAAGCGAAACUGUUCUCAUCUUCUUCCUCUAGCUCUCUUGAUGUUCCAAAAGGCUACUUGGCGGUUUACGUAGGAGAAAGAAAAAUGAAGAGAUUUGUAGUUCCAGUUUCGUACUUGAACCAACCUUCAUUUCAAGAUUUAUUAAGAAAGGCAGAGGAAGAGUUUGGAUUUAAUCAUCCAAUGGGUGGCCUCACAAUUCCUUGCAGCGAAGAAAUCUUUAUCGAUCUUGCUUCUCGCUUCAACUGA